GCUUGGAAACUCUCAAUUUAUUCUUCCUCCUUUUCAACCUUACAAGCUUUUAUAUGCACACAUGUUGGCUGAAGUUGGGAGAACGCCAGAUGCGUUGAAGUAUUGUCAAGCAUUAUCUAAAUCGCUUAAAACUGGCCGAGCUCCUGAGAUAGAAACAUUGAGACAAUUAGUGUCGUCUCUUGAAGAAAGGAUCAAAACACACCAAGAGGGAGGGUUUGCCACUAAUUUGGCUCCUGCAAAGUUGGUUGGUAAAUUGCUUAACCUUUUUGAUAGCACUGCUCACCGUGUGGUUGGGGGCUUACCACCGCCAGUUCCUUCAACAAGCAGCGGCAGUCCACAAGGGAAUGAACAUCAUUAUCAGUCUGCGGGACCUAGAGUCUCAAAUAGUCAAUCGACAAUGGCAAUGUCAUCUUUGAUGCCUUCAGCAUCCAUGGAGAAAAUAAGUGACUGGGCAGCUGACAACAAUAGAAUGACGAUGCACAAUAGAAGUGUUUCAGAGCCCGACUUUGGAAGAACUCCUAGACAGGAUCAUGUCGACUCAUCAAAGGAAGCAAGCUCAAGUAACACACCAGGUAAUUCAUCAGCAGCUGCAGGUAGAUCACGCUUUGGUCGCUUUAGUUUUGGCUCUCAGCUUCUCCAAAAAACGGUUGGAUUAGUCCUUAAACCCCGACAAGGCCGUCAGGCCAAACUGGGUGAAACAAAUAAAUUUUAUUAUGAUGAAAAACUUAAAAGAUGGGUUGAAGAAGGUGCUGCGCCUCCUGCUGAGGAACCAGCUCUAGCACCACCACCAACCACUGCUGCUUUCCAGAGCGGGGCACCUGAUUAUAACUUGAAUAUUGUACUAAAAAGUGAAGGUUCUAUUAGCAACGGAAGUCCAGACAUGAAGAGCCCACCUUCUGCUGAUAAUGGUUCAGGAAUCCCACCACUUCCACCGACCACUAACCAAUUCUCAGCACGCAGUCGGAUGGGUGUUCGGUCAAGGUAUGUUGACACAUUCAAUAAAGGUGGAGGUAAUCCAACAAAUCUUUUCCAAUCGCCUUCUGUUCCUUCCAUGAAACCUGCUACUGGAAAUGCAAAGUUCUUUGUUCCUACGCCAAUGUCCCCUGUUGAACAAACAGUUGACAGUCAUUCCAAUGAGCAACAGACUUCAGGAAAUAGUGAGAAUAAUUCAAUCUCUGUUGUGAAUGGGUCAUUCCAGUCACCUGCACCUCCAUCAACCAUGCCUAUGCAGAGAUUUCCAAGCAUGGACAGCAUCUCUAAGAAGGGGGUAACUACUGGACCUAGCCACCUGUCAAGUCAGUCACGGAGAACUGCAUCAUGGAGCGGAGGCAUUUCUGAUGCUUUCACCCCAAAUAAAUCUGAAGUAAAACCACUUGGUGAGGUAUUGGGUAUGCCUCCAUCAUCAUUCAUGCCUAGUGAUGCUAAUUUGAUGCACUCCUCGAUGAAUGGUGGUAGAUUUGGUGAAGAUCUACAUGAAGUAGAACUGUGACACAAUAAAGAUGUACAUAUUAAUUUUUGGUUGUUGUCUUGGUUCUCUCCACUCUCGGGGCACUAUGCUGCUCAAGAUCAUCGGCCAUUUGUUGGUAAGGGGUUUAAGUGUGGUCAAAGGAAGCUGGAACACACUUCUCACCAACCCUUCAAUUACUUCUCCUUUUUGUAAGAUCAGUUAUGUGUUGAAAGCCAUUACAUACUUAGCUGUUUACUUUUAGGUCGUAGAUCGUUAUUUUUGUCUUUUCUGUUUCUGUUUUUGCCUCUCCAAAAGGUUCAAUACCUGCUGUUUGAGAGUCUUGUCAUAAUAUAUUACAAGGAAAAUGGCACGAGAUACAUUGUAUAGUUGAUUUGUUCAUUUAUAGAGGAAGGAAUGUCCAUCCUAUUAGUUUAAAUAGGAAGACCAUCUCUGCGGGAGAAAGUGUAGUAAAGAAGAAUGUUAGAACUCCAUUUCCAGUAUUGAUUGGACAAAUAAUUUGCCUUGGA